AUGCCCUCCAUGGAGCCCGUUGCCAUUAUUAGCACGGCAUGUCGAUUUGCCGGUUCCUCUUCGAGCCCAUCGAAACUAUGGGAACUCCUGGAGAACCCGAGAGACGUGGCUUCACAACCACCGGCCGAUCGAUUCAAUAUCAAUGCCUUCUAUGAUCCCGAGGGCUCGAAUCCCAGUACAACCAAUGCCCGGGAAGGGUACUUUCUCUCUGACAACGUCAGGGCUUUCGACGCCCCUUUCUUUAAUAUAUCUGCAACUGAGGCAUUGGCUCUAGAUCCACAGCAGCGCAUGCUACUAGAGGUUGUGUAUGAGUCUCUGGAGACGGCGGGUCAGCGUCUUGAUACGCUUCGUGGAUCCUCAACGGGUGUAUACUGUGGAGUGAUGAAUUCCGAUUGGGAAGGCAUCUUCAGUGUUUCGUGCUCUGCACCACAGUACGGCAGUGUUGGAGUUGCACGGAACAACUUGGCCAAUCGCAUUUCUUAUUUCUUUGACUGGCAAGGUCCAUCGAUGUCCAUCGACACUGCUUGCUCGGCAAGUAUGGUAGCCCUUCAUGAGGCUGUCACGGCACUCAAUCGGGGAGAUUGCUCCUUGGUAGCGGCUCUGGGUGCAAAUCUGAUGUUGUCACCUUCGAUGUAUAUUGCCGCCUCCAAUUUGCAAAUGCUGUCCCCCAACAGCCGCGGUCGAAUGUGGGAUGCCAAGGCUGAUGGAUAUGCUCGUGGCGAAGGCGUCGCCUCUGUGCUCAUGAAACGACUGUCUGAUGCCAUUGCCGACGGGGACCCCAUUGAAUGUGUCAUUCGUGCUACUGGAGUCAAUCACGAUGGUCGCAGUAUGGGUUUCACCAUGCCGUCAAGUGCAGCGCAGCUGAAGCUCAUUCAGUCCACCUACGCCCAAGCAGGUCUGGAUCCACAACGGCCAGAAGACAGGCCGCAGUAUGUCGAAGCUCACGGUACUGGUACGUUGGCGGGUGAUCCACAGGAGGCUUCGGCCCUUCACCAAGCAUUCUUUGAUUCGGACGAAAACGACAGUGUGCUGCACGUUGGGUCGAUCAAAACUGUCGUCGGACACGCUGAAGGUACUGCCGGUUUAGCGGGUAUCAUCAAGGCAUCCCAGUCCAUUCAACGUGGCAUUAUUACACCGAAUCUGCUGUUUGAUUCAUUGAAUCCUGAUUUGGAGCCAUAUGCGCGACAGCUGCGAGUGCCGGUGGACGUUCUUGAAUGGCCGACUUUGGCCCCGGGCGUCCCGCGUCGCGUGUCGGUGAAUUCCUUUGGAUUCGGAGGAACAAAUGCCCACGUCAUUUUGGAGGGAUACGAGAGCCCCAGAAGUGUCAGCAGUGUAGAAAUGAACCUCGGGUCUCAAGAAGCAUGUCUGCCAAUUGUCUUCUCCGCCGAAUCAGAUUACACUCUCGGUGCCGUUCUAGAGCAAUAUUCCCACUAUAUGCACCUCUGUCCAGAUGUCAGUAUUCACGACCUUGCAUGGACACUGCUUGAGCGUCGCACUGCUCUAACGCAUCGUGUGAUUCUCUGGGCCCAAGAUCUUCCACAACUUCAGAAGGUUAUCGAAGCAGAGCUCGCUUUACGAAAGGCGGGCCAUGCGUCCACAAUUAUUUCACGAUCCCGUGCAAACACUCGCAAGCAUAUUUUGGGGGUCUUCACUGGUCAGGGAGCCCAGUGGGCACAAAUGGGAUUCAAUCUGAUCACCACAUCCAGUACUGUCCAAGUGUGGUUGAGUGAACUGCAAGAAUCGCUUGACACGCUCCCAGAGCCUUAUCGACCCAAGUUCUCGCUGUUCGAAGAGCUAGCUGCCGGCACCGAGACUUCGCGUCUGCAGGAUGCACUUUUCUCGCAGACUCUCUGCACCGCCAUGCAGAUAAUUUGGAUAAAAUUACUCUGGGAAUUGAACGUUCAUCUGGAUGCAGUGGUGGGACACUCUUCAGGCGAAAUCGCUGCAGCAUUCGCGGCCGGAUAUCUUACAGCUGCCGACGCCAUCCGGGUUGCAUAUUUGCGUGGCGUAUUCUGUUCAAACUCGGGAUACCAACGCGAAGGUGCCAUGUUAGCAGUUGGCCUUUCUAUGAAUGAGGCAACUUUGUUGUGUAAGGAGGUCUCCUCUUUGUCCUCCGGGCAAAUAAAUGUUGCAGCAUCCAAUUCGCCAGAGAGUGUCACUCUUUCUGGUGACCGUGAGGCAAUUUUGCUUGCUGAUCAGCAGCUGAAAGAUCGCGGCGUCUUUUGUCGGCUUCUACGCGUGAGUACUGCAUAUCAUUCACAUCACAUGCAGGCAUGCGCACAACCAUACCUCGAUGGGCUUAGAAGUUGUAACAUUCAAGUUCAAGCCCCGACAUCUACCACCUGGUAUUCGAGUGUGCAUGGAGGACAACCAGUCGAUGGCACGACUGUCAUGCAAGACAUUACUGGAGAGUACUGGGUGGAGAAUUUGACAAGUCCUGUACUUUUCUCCCAAGCCUUGACUGCCGCUAUUUCCGCGACAAAACCAUCAUUAAUUGUUGAAAUUGGGCCCCAUCCCGCGCUCAAGGGGCCUUCUUUGCAAACAAUCGCUGGUUUGGAGUCAACCCAGGUCCCCUAUACGGGGGUAUCUGCCCGCGGCGUGGGGGCUCUUGAGUCUAUGGCAGGUGCCAUCGGAGAAAUCUGGGCACAAAUUGGUCCCCAGGCCAUCAACCCUCGCCAAUACAUGGCUGUCCUUCAUCCUCAGGUACCUCUCUCGGUGGUUGCCGGAUUGCCCUUGUAUCCAUUUGACCAUCGCACGGAGUAUGGCUACGAGACUCGCAAGGCCAACGGCUGGCUACACAAGCGUAACAGUCCGCAUCCUCUCCUUGGCUCACUUAGUGAGGAUCUGGGUGACGGUGAGCUUCGAUGGGCACAGAAUCUCUCUCCCAGUCGCGUGUCGUGGUUAGAUGGUCACCGUGUUCAGGGCCAAAUCAUUGUCCCUGCUACCGCUUACAUCUCAAUGGCACUCGAGGCGGUUCGGAUACUGGCCACAGAAAAGCACAUGUCACUUCAGCUGGUCCAAAUCGAGAGGUUGGUCAUCGGACAAGCGCUGUCUUUCCAGGACGAGCGAGAUGAAAUCGAGAUACUAUUCGAUGUGCCUCGAAUGGAAAAGGCUGGGAACAACACUAGUGUUGGAUAUUUCCGCUGUCAGGUUUCUACUCCAAAGGGGGACGUGAAGACGUGUGCAGAAGCGAGUGUUGAAGACCUUGAAGGAUAUUACCGCUCGCUCCGCGAUAUUGGGUACCAAUACACGGGUGAUUUCCAGGGCAUUCAUUCUUUGUCUCGCAAAAUGGGCAUUGCAACCGGCCAAUUGCAUAAUCCAGCUCUGCAAGGCCUUCUUGUCCAUCCGGCCGUUUUGGAUACCGGUCUUCAAGGUCUUUUGGCUGCAAUGGGGGAGGGGUACUUGACUGCCCUACAUGUCCCAACGCGUAUAGAGGCGGUCACCAUCAACCCCGUUGCCUUCACUGGUAGCUCACUAGACUUCGAGGCUGUCGUCACUCGUACCGGAGCAGACGGCCUGGUGGGCGAUGUGGAGCUAUACACCGCGAUAAAUGGACCAGGCGCAGUCUUCUUCGAGGGUGUACAUGUCUCACCUCUUUCUCCUCCGUCUGCAGCCGACGAUCCACCGGUAUUCUGGGUGCAGCGUUGGACUCCGCUCAAGCUGGAUGCCAAUCGGUCCAACUCCCAGUUGACCCCGGAGUGGAUGGCUAGGUUAGAGGUAUAUGAGCAUCGAGCUUUCCUUGUCCUCAAGGACCUUCUCGACCAGAUCACUCCAAGCCUUCGCGCAGGCUUUGACUGGCAUCGUGAGCGCGUAGUAGCCUGGAUUGAGCACCUCGUGGAAGAAGCACGUGUUGGACGGCACGCAGUAUGCAAGACCGAGUGGCUAAGCGACCGACUGGCUGACCUUGAGCCGACUUGGACACUGCCAGGGGCCAUCAUCGAGGACCAAAUCAUGCAUCGUGUCCACCAGAAUUUGAUUCCUUUCCUACACGGGGAAGCACAGAUGAUCGAUGCUUUGCGAGAAGACGAACUGCUCACGCGCUUUUACCGCGAUGAACUGGAACUUCAAGAUGUCAAUCGUCGUGUCGGAGAGCUGGUAGGUGAUCUCGCUGUACGCUAUCCGCGAAUGAAACUUCUCGAAGUUGGCGCUGGCACGGCCUCGGCGACGCGAGAAGUGCUUCGACAUGUUGGGAGAGCGUACCACUCCUACACCUUCACCGACAUCUCCGCUGGAUUUUUCGAGGAUACGCUCGAUUCAUUGCCCGAUCAUGCCGACCGCCUCAUUUUCCAGAAGCUGGAUGUUGGCCAAGACCCAGUCGAUCAAGGCUUCGAAGAGCAUGCGUAUGAUGUGAUUAUCGCCGCCAACGUGCUUCAUGCCACUCCUUCCCUGGAGCAAACCCUUCGCAAUGUACGAAAGCUCCUCAAGCCAGGCGGUUAUCUGGUUGCGCUAGAGAUCACCAAUCUUCAUACCAUCCGUAUUGGUCUUUUGAUGAGUGCCUUCGAUGGAUGGUGGCUCGGUCAUGAAGACGGUCGUCCCUGGGGGCCCAUGGUCUCGGCCUCCCGGUGGAAUGAUUUGCUCCUGGAGACAGGGUUUGGAGGAAUUGAAACGGUCAGCGACCGUGCUCCGGGUGAUCUGACGAUGUACUCGGUCUUCGCGGCCCAAGCAGUAGACGACCAGAUUUCCAAUUUGCGAAAGCCAUUGUCUCCAUCUCUAACUCUGCCUCCGUUCGAGCGGGGAGUAAUUGUUGGAGGGUCAUCCGAUCGGGUAGCAGAUAUCACGGCUUUGAUCAGCCCGUUCUUUGCAACAAUCGAGUAUUAUCCUUCCAUCGACAGUCUCGCGGAGGGCCCACGAGCCGUGGUGCUGGUGCUGGUCGAUCUAGACGGAGAAGCCUGCUUCCAGGAUUUGACAGAGUCACGACUGGCUGGCCUUCAGACCCUUGUGCGAAUCGCCGACAAGACACUACCCCAUCUUGGCCUGAGCAAGGGCUUCCUCACUUGCAUGAACUACGAGCAUGCGCCUGCCAUGUUCCAGUACCUCAAUAUCAUUGACCCAGCUAAGGCGCAGCCAAAAAUGUUAGCAGAGCAUCUUUUACGCUUGGGCUUUACAACCCAGGUAAAUGACUUUGCACUCAGCAAUUGUCUCCACAGCACUGAGCUGGAGUUGCGAAUGGAUCGAGAUGGCAACUUCCUAUUCCCGCGGAUCAAUGUCAGUGAUGACUUGAACACCCGAUAUGCAGCUGCUCGUCGUCCAGUUGUCCAGUCAAUUGAGGAUAUACACAGGGAGGUGGUCGCUGUUGACCAGGCCCCAGAUGGACAGCUUCGACUUUGUCUUGCCGACGAAGUGCGAACCAAGAUCGACGAGUCCAUUAUCGAUGUGCGAUAUUCUACCUCUCGCGCACUUCGCAUCAAUAGUGGUGGAUACCUGAUAUUGGUACUUGGAAAGGAUCGAGUCACGAAGACAAGGCUCGUAGCUCUAACUGACCGACUAGCCAGUGUCAUCUCUUCCGCUUGUUUUUGGGAGGUCCCGGACCAUGUUUCUACGGAGCAAGAAUCGGAAUAUCUGCAUGCUACCGCUUCAUCUCUGCUUGCUGCGACGCUUUUCAAGCCAAGUGACAACGUAGUAUUGAUGCAUGGCGCGGAUGAUGACACCCUUCGUCGUGCUAUUGCUAUCCAAGCUGCUGCACAAACCAUCACACCUGUCUUCACGACUACCAACAUGUCGUCCAUCGGCCCAGGAAGGAGCAUUCGCGUGCACGAAAAUGACCCACUGCGGACGCUGGCUCGUCGACUCCCGCGGAAUGUCUCAAACAUCGUGAAUCUUGAUCCUAAUGCUGAUCGUCUUUUUGGUCGGUUGAUAUCGGCAGUUGGCUCGCCGGGUAUCUCCAAAGAGCAUAUCCUUGGUACUUUGACGGAGACAUGUGGCCGAAAAUCGGUGUCUCAAUCCGCAAUCCAAGUACAGGGAUUGAUCGAAACUCUACGUAAAGCUGCCGUGACAGCGGAACAGCUGGUUGCUCAAUCUCCCAGCUCGCCUCCUUUGGUUGUUCCCAUUGCUGACCUUCCUUCCUCUGCGAUGGAUCUGGUGGUUGUUGACUGGGCUACAUCCACUUCCAAAUCAGUACAAGCGCACAUAAAGGCAGAGAGCAGUCUCGUGCGUCUUUCCCCCAGGAAAACAUACCUUUUGGUCGGCAUGACCAGUGCCCUUGGCCAGUCUAUUACCCAGUGGCUGAUCUCGUGUGGCGCCCGCAAUGUUAUUCUUACCAGCCGCAAUCCACAGAUCGACCCGGCUUGGAUUGCAGAACUCUAUCACACGACCGGGGCGCGCGUCGAAGUCAUGUCCAUGGACGUGACAAAACGCGCAUCAGUCUUCUCACUAUCUCAGCGCUUGAAAUCGGAUUGGCCACCACUGGGUGGUGUUGUCAACGGGGCUAUGGUGCUUUGGGACCGGCUCUUUGUUGAUGCAGAUCUUCCCCUCUUGGCUGGUCAGCUCGCACCAAAGGUGCAGGGCAGUCUCUUACUUGACGAGAUCUUUGGCGAGGAGCCAACCCUCGAUUUCUUCAUCCUUUUCGGUAGUGCUGUCGCGACGAUUGGCAACCUGGGCCAGUCUGCAUACACAGCAGCAAGCAACUUCCUGCUUGGGCUGGCAGCUCGUCGUCGAUCACGCGGGCUUGUAGCAAGUGUCGUCCAGCCGGCCCAAGUAACUGGUGACAUAGGCUAUCUUUCUGGCAAAGGCGACGCAUUUUGGAACCGCAUGUUUGACAUGCUGGGUGACCACCCUGUGUCAGAACAGGACUUGCACGAGCUCUUUGCUCACGCUAUCUUGACAGGGCGUGGGUCUGAAUCUUACCCAGCGGGCUUAGGAUCAGCCAAUGCAGAUGAUGACAUUGUCUUAGGCGGUAUCCGCAUUCAAGACCCUGCUGUGCAUCCAGACAUUCUCUGGUUCCGCACCCCCAAAGUCUGGCCUUUCAUCCGCUACCAUCACCAAGGUGACGGCCCCUCUGCAUCAUCGGGUACAGCGAUGCCUCUUGCUCAGAGACUUGUUUCCGCAACCACAAUGACGCAAGUGGGGGAGAUUGUCGAGGAAGUUGUCACAGCCAAGUUGCAUCACCGUCUGCAUCUUCCCGGCGAAGUCGGAGACGGCAGCGUCGCCGGUGACACGCGACUGACCGAACUUGGUGUCGACUCGUUGAUCGCGGUGGACUUGCGUCGCUGGUUCGCACAGGAGUUGGAGGUUGAUAUACCAGUUCUGCAAUUGCUUGGAGGUUGUUCGGUUCGAGAGUUGGCAGAAAUGACAAGUGGGUUGUUAGACAAGAAGUUCUUUCCAGGAGUUGUCAUCGAAUCUGUUUCGGAGGCAGGGGAUAAGAGCGAAUGCUCUGGUGAUGGCCAUUAUGCCGGGUCUUUAUCUUCAUCUUCUUAUCAGGCACUCACCCCUCCUCCUGGGGGCUCUGAUUGA